AUGGAGUCUAUUGAGACAAAAGGACUUUUCAAAGAAGUAAAUGCAUUAAUUGCACGGCCAGACCAAGAAAGAAUGCUUAAGUAUUUUAAGCUUGAUGGGUACAUCCGGGUUAAUACAUAUUUUAUUUCUCCUUUCUCUUUAAUUAGCAUAAAGAGAGGACUACAGAACUUUCUUGUCUCUUGGGAAAUGUCAGAGACCGGAUGGAAGUUUUUAUUCAAGAACAAUGCCUGGGUGUACUUUAAAGGAUCAUUUACCAGCCAGAUGAAGGAUGGCCAGAUAGUUCAUAUAAAGAUAGAUUGUCCUAAGCCAGAAUAUAACUCAGAGAUGCAUUAUGCCAUACUCAUACGGUACUUCAAGUGCCUGGAUACUUUCUACUUUAUGGUUUCUGGUUUUGAUGAAGACUUUGAGAUUCUGACAAAUCCACUGGGGAGUUUCACUAGAUGGAGUCCCAUACAGAAGUAG